AUGAUCAGAAAACAGCGCCCAAGCUUUACCUCGGCCGAGCUGGAGCUGCAACUCCAACAGGUCUCUAUCGACCCCUCAUCAGCCAAUGCCGAAAACCUCGAAGCGCUCGCACCGCUCAUCAAGUCAAUACAGGACACCGACUCGGAGCAGCUGUACCUCCGGUCCCUGGACACCUUUGUUGAGGAGAAGGAGCGCGAAAUUGAGAAGAUCUGCGAGGAGAACUAUGAGGACUUUGUAUCCAGCGUGCAAACGCUGUUGACGAUUCGGCAGGGAACGGUGCACCUGCGGAGAAGAAUAGGGGAACUGGAUGGGCAGAUGGGCGAUGUUGGGAGGUCAUUAGGGGAGAAGAAGCGAGCCCUGCUCGAGCAGAAGAAGGUCGCUCGACAUAUGGACGACGCGAUAGAAACGUUACAGACGUGCUUGCGGCUUCUUGACCUGGUACAUCGCGUCGGUCAGAUGAUCCGCGAAGGAAAGUACUGGGGAGCUCUUAGAUCACUUGAAGACCUACUCCACCUUCCACCACCAUCAAUAUCCCAAACACCCUUCUACUCGCAUCUCCUCUCCUCUCUUCCUUCGCUACGCCUCUCCAUCAAGGACGCGGUUACGGCUUCGACUAAGUCAUGGCUGUUCGACGUCCGCGAAAGCGGUGCCAAGGUCGGUAUGCUCGCGCUGGACCAGAUGACGAAUCGGAUCAAGAAGUGGCGGGCGAAGCGGGAACGAGAAGGUGGCGUAAGACUGGCGAGAGUUGGCGGUGCGCUAGAGCUCGUGUAUAAUGAGCGGUCAGGGUUCGACGCGCUGAGUAACGACGAGAUCAAGAUCGAUUUCAGGCCGCUCUUCCAAUGUGUACAUAUCCACGAAGCCUUGGACGCCAAACCCGAGUUACAGCGCAACUACCAGCAGGAUCGAAAAACCCAACUCAACCUGAUCCUCACCUCUCGCCUAUCCACUGCGGCCCAGACACUCCCCACCACCCUCCCCUCGCUCAUGCACGAGCUCGUCGGAUUCUUCAUCAUCGAGUCGCACGUCGCGCGGGUCAUGCCUGACUUCCGAAGCCAAAAUGACGUGGAUGAGCUAUGGGAUCAGAUGUGCCUGCGGAUGGUCGAGGUCGUGGGCGGAGGGUUGAAGGGGUGUGAGGAUGCCGAGGUGUUUUUGGGCGUCAAGAAGGAGGUGUUGCUAUUUGUGCAGACGUUAGAGGACUACGGCUACAACGUGACAGAGCUGAAUGGGCUGCUGAUCACCCUGUUUGAGCGAUACUCUGACCUCCUGCGCCGGAAGUUCAGUGUCGACUUCGACCAGAUCGUCAUGGACGACGACAACCAGCCGAUGAUGGUGAACGAUACGGAAGAGUUCGACCAAGUCGCAGGUGUCUGCUGGUUGGCCCUUGGCGAGAAGGAGCAAUUGGCAAUGCAAAGUUUCCCUCAGCCUAUGCCGUUCUCUCAAACGUACCCUAUGUGCUGCAUCAACAUCCGGAACUUCGUCGACCAGUUCUACCAAUUUACAGAUGGUGUAGCGAGCCAGCAUCACUUGGAUAUAGAUGAGGUACUGCGCAAAUCGCUAGAUGGACUUCUCACCGAUCAUGUCGCCUCUGAGAUCGGAAAGAGGCUGAAGGGCAUGAACAAUUUGUCGCAGAUCGCGCAGGUCGUAGUCAACCUGGAGCACUUUGCUACAGCGUGUGAUGAGCUCGAAGGCGUACUCGCCGGCUUACGCGCGUCCCAGAGAGGUGGCCCCGUCAAGCUCUCCUCGACCGACACCUUCCAUUCCACCCUGAAAGCUGCCGAAUCCCAAAUCAAUUCCGUCAUUGCCUCGAAGCUCGAGUCAUUCUUUGAGCUCGCCGAGUACUCGUGGACCCCCACACGGCCCCAAUCUACAUCGACCGAGCCAAGCACCUACGUGUUUGAGAUGAUCACCUUCUUGACUGCCUAUGUGGACUCGGUGCUCAUUGGGCUGAAUGAGGGCGUCAAGACGAGGGCGUAUGCGAGUGCGCUGCAGAGCAUACAAAAUUGGUUGAUGUUGACGUUGUGCGGGAAGGAGGUGCAGAAGCUGAACGAAGCGGCAUUGUCCAGCGUCCUGGGCGACGUGACCUUCAUCGAAACGGAAAUCAAGCGGCUAGGCAAGCCAGACCUCGACCGAGUGUUCGAUGAGAUCAAACUGACCCUCAACAUCGUCCUCUCCGACGCCGUAUCGGCAUACCUCGAACCAUCCAUUCGACAAGGGAAUUACGCGGCGGUUCGCCCAAAUCGACUCGCCAUCAUCCUGCAGAAGACGGCGAGGGCGCUGGGCGUUACGCCGACGGCGCAGGCGCAGCAAAGAGCGGAGCGGAGAAGGAGGGAGGCGGAUCAGGUAGCUGCGCUGGGCAGAUGA